AUGGCCUGCGACGAUCGUGCCCACGAUGAGAGCGAGAACAGCCUUCCCUGUCCAGCUCAAAUAGCACUUGCCUUGAUGGUGGUCCGGUCAAGACCGCCACACAUGCAAAUAGAAGGCUACAUCGACUCCUUGCGAAAGGCUAUCACGGAUUGCGCCCCAAAAGGAGCACCCGUGACCUAUGACUUCGAUGCCAGCACAUACUGGAGACAAUGCUAUGAAGCCGCUGAGUCGGAGAGGGCAAGGCUACUUGAGGAAGUGUUGGGGCUCAUGCAAGAGAGAGACGGACCCGAAGGGAAGUCGAAGCGACCCAAAUCGCGGCCAGCUCUGGGGAAGCGGAAAAGAAAUGUCCCCAAAGUGUCAGAAAAGCCACCCUCAGGAGAAGACCUUAACACAGAUGGUGAAACCAGUGAUGACGAAGCAGGCCGUCAAGCGCUUCUUCGGAGCUUGAGAUCGAUACGCCGCAGCCUCCGACUUGAAGUACCAGAUCGAGACCAUAUUGCCACGACAAUUCAAACUAUCAUCAGUGCAAUACGCAGGAGUAUUGGACCUGGUCAGAAGGGUGCAAGGGACCAAGCUCACGCGGAAGAGCAGUCUAUUCAGCAUCUUUGCAGGGUAACUGGGCAUGCUUAUUCUUCUAUCCUGGAGGCUGUGAAAAUCGCCAGACUGGAUGCCGACAAGGGUGGUGAGCGCCUGGCAUCAACACUUUCCGACAUUGUCAGAUUAUAUGAGACUUUUCUAGGACGUCUACACCAAUGUACUCUGGAUGAGGCUGUCAGGAUAUCCGACGCCACUAAGUCAAGCAAAAGAGGCCGUCGUUCUGGCACGAAAGCCCUCAAAAGAACGCCGUUGGUUCCUUCUUCUGCCUAUACAAAUGAAGCCAAGCUCCUCGCCAAAACAUUGACCAGAAUGGUAACGGACCUCGAUACGUCCAGCGACAUCCACUGUGAGCUCCUGGAGGGCUUCCUGUGUGCCCUUCUCGACCAUGUCGGAUCAGUGUUGUCCCUCUUCGUUUUCGGAAGAACAGGCCAAGGCUGUAGGGACUCCACAGGUGUCCUCCCACCACGGGGCAUAGUAGACGUUGCCCACCUGGAUCUCGAAGCUGCCAUGGGCAGUGCAAAGCUUGAGGGCCCGUACCUCAUUUUUGUCCUGCGGAGGUGUGUCGAUUUUCUACGUACUGGUACCAAGCAGAUGUCUGAAGUUUCGAUAUCACUCUUUUCAUUACAGCAGCGGAACCCGAGACGCGCUCAAGGACUCCGAGAGCAUAUUGAGAAGACCCUCCAAAACACCCUACUUCGCGGAGUUUAUGGAGAUGAUGAUGACACAUUUUAUAACGCUCUUAGGCGCCAUGAAGCCGAGGAUGAAGAGGAAAUCGGUGCUGUUAAGUUGAUGGAAGGGGCGGAGCAAGAUGAGGACGCGGCUGAAUGGUUUAUUGGACAACUUUGGGAGCAUCUGGGUUGGGACAUAUUAUCUGGUAGCAGAACUAUUUGA